AUGGCCAAGAAUUCGGCUCCCGUGAAGAAGACUUCGGUCAAGAAGGCCGAAUCUACCACCAACGCUGCCACUGUACCUCCUCAGCUGGCUGCUGCUGUCGCAGCCUUUCUGACUGACAAUGGGUUCUCUGGCGCCAGCGCGGCUUUUAAGAAGGAAUUGACGAAAAAGGGCCAGUCCUCCACUGAUGUGCAAAAUAUCCCAUCCUUGCUGGAUCUCUUCCAGACUUGGCCAAAGACCUCCAGCACCAAGGUAGCUGCUAGCUCCGACUCUUCUGUCUCAAGCAGCAGCUCCGACAGCGAAAGUGAUUCCAGCUCUGACAGUGAGAGUGACUCGGACAUUGAGAUGGGGGAUGCUCCUAAGGUUCCCUCCAAGGAACAAAAGCCCGCGCGCUCAUCCUCUCCCUCUUCGUCAUCUUCCUCUUCAAGCUCCGACAGUGAUGCGGAUGAUGAGGAUGAGGACGAAGCUUCUGCUGCUCCUGCCCCUGCCAAGUCGACUGGUGUGAAACGCAAGGCCGAGUCCAGCAGCUCAUCUUCCUCGGGCUCUGAGUCCAGCUCCGACUCUGAAGACGACAUUCCCCAGGCCAAGAAGACCAAGAUUUCCCCUCAGAAUGAUCCCAAGUCUUCCGAGUCCGACUCCGAUUCGUCCAGCUCUUCCAGCUCGUCCUCCUCCUCUGGCUCCUCUGAUUCCUCAUCUGAAUUGUCUGAUUCCUCUGAAUCGUCUGAUUCCUCCUCUGAAUCGUCUGAUUCCUCCUCUGACUCGUCUGAUUCCGAAAAGGAAUCCAAGAAGACCGGUGCCAAGGCCCUGAAGCAAGCGACCAAAACCCCGCUCCCUGCGUCGGAUUCUAGCGACUCUGACUCAUCAGAUGAUGACACCGAUGAUAAGGCUGGAGGUGUGUCAGUUGAGCAGAACACUUCCUCGGACACGAGUGCCACUAUUGAAUCUUCGCCGGAAACCCAACAGCUGGCCAACAAGGCUUUGCAAAAGACCCAAACCUCAUCAUCAAGCGCCAGCCCCAUCCCCGGGAACGAGCCUGCCAAGAAGAAGCACACGGGCACUCGUCCUACCCCACUGGCUGCCCUGAGCCAGCUACCGCAUGACCACCCGUCAAACGACUACAUCUCUUACGCCUAUGCGGACCGCGCCUACAAAGAUCUGUCGAUUACUCGCGGAAAGGGCUUCACAAAGGAGAAGAACAAGAAGAAGCGUGGCUCGUACCGUGGCGGGCCGAUUGAUAUCUCCGGAGGCAAGUCCUUCAAGUUUGACGACUAG